AUGGCGACCACCCUCCCCCCUCGUCCACUCCCCCUGUCCUCUGCCCCGCCAUCUCAUCCGCCUCGCCCUCUGCCCCCCCUUGUCCACCCCUCGCCUGCCGUCUCGCCCUCUUCCUCACUGUCUCGCCUCUCGUCCGUCCGCCCCUUACACCCUUGUUCAUUGAUGCAUCCCCCGUCCACCCCUCGCUCGCCCUCGGCCCUCUGCCUCAUCUCUCCCUCUGCCUGGCGUCUCUCCCACCUCGCUACCUCGCCCUCUGCCCUGCCCUCUCGCCUUCAUCCUCGCCUUCUCACCCCUUUCACCCCUUUCACCCACAUCGCCCUUUCGCCACCUCACCCUCGCCCUCUUUCGCCCUCACCCUCUUUCGCCCAUUCACCCCUACCCUUUUGCCCUUGCCCUUUUGCCCUCACCCUCGUCCUCAUCCUCGUCCUUGCCCUCUCGCCCUCUCGCCCCUGGUCCACCCCUGGUCCACCCCACCGUCCAUCUUGCCUGCCUUGCCCUCUGCCCCGCUGCCGUCCAUUUGCCCUCCCAUUUGCCCUUAACGACUGGUCGAAGAGGCCCAAGGGAAGCUGA